AUGCGUCAUCCCACCAUCGCUUCUUUGCCGACCUGGUGCAGCCGCUGGGUGGGCUAUCGCGAUGACCCUGUCAAGCCUCCGCCGAAAUAUCUGGUCUAUUUCUGGUCUUUUGUGGGCGCUUUCUGUGGUCUUUCUGUCUUGACGGCACUUUUCAGCUAUAGCGAGUAUUUUCUCAGUCGCGGGGUGCCCAUUAUUGUCGCUUCUUAUAUGGCCAGNGGAGCAUCAGCAGUGCUCGUUUUCGGAGCAAUAGAAAGCCCACUAGCUCAACCACGCGCCCUCAUCUUCGGCCACUUCAUCAGCGCCUUAAUCGGCACCUGCGUCACCAAACUCUUUGAAUUCCUCCCCUCCUCACGCUUCCACGAGUUACGCUGGCUAGCUGCUUCUUUAUCUUCUGCAAUCGCUGUGGUAGCCAUGGAAAUCACCGAAACCACUCAUCCGCCUGCUGGCGCGACUGCGUUGUUGCCAGCCACCAAUGAAGAGAUCAGAGCGCUUUCUUGGUAUUUUUUGCCGAUUGUGUUGUUGUCUUCUGUGGUGCUUAUGGUUGUUGGGCUGCUUAAUAAUAAUAUCCAACGGAGGUAUCCGAUUUUUUGGGUUGCGCCGGUGAAGCCGCGACCUGCGAUUCCAACCACCAAAUAG